CGCCUUUUUUAAAAGUAGUCUGUCACUCAUAAAUUCUUCAUACUGGUUUUGAUGCUUAUUUAUAAAAUAAAAAAAAAACUAAUUCAAUUAAGAUUAAGAUAGACCAAUUAUUUAAUAUUAAUAUUAAAAUAUAUACAAAUUAAAAAUGGCACAGUGUCAUCCACUGAUGACCCGUCUGGUCGCUUCAUCAGUAGUAGCAGCAACGCAAGCAGGAAAAAUAAUUCGUGAUAUAUUUACACAAGGAGAUUUAAAUAUUGUUGAUAAAGGAGUUAAUGAUUUGCAAACAGAAGCUGAUCGUUCUGCCCAAAAUUGUAUUAUAGAAUCAUUGAGUAGACAAUUUCCAGAUAUAACUAUUAUUGGAGAAGAGGGAACAUCCAGAUGUGAAGUCCCAUCAGAUUGGAUUGUUACCGAUUUAGAUCAAGAUGUAUUGAAGGUUAAACUUCCUGAUUAUCUUGAAAAUGUUUCUCCAAAAGACGUGUGUGUAUGGGUUGAUCCACUUGAUGGUACUUCUGAAUUCACUCAAGGAUUAGUGGACCACAUUACAGUAUUAGUUGGUGUCGCAGUAGGAAAAAAAGCUGUGGGAGGUGUAAUUCAUCAACCUUAUUAUAAAGACGUUCAAAAAUCAUCACUAGGUCGUACUCUGUGGGGUAUUGAUAAAGUUGGAAUCGGUGGGUUCAAACCAAUCCCACCACCAGCUGGGAAGAAAAUAAUUACAACUACACGGUCGCAUUCCAAUAAAACUGUUCAAGCAGCACUGGAUGCUAUAGAACCUGAUGAAGUCAUAAGAGUAGGAGGAGCUGGUCAUAAAGUAAUGCUUUUAUUAGAAGGCAAAGCAAAUGCCUACGUAUUUGCAAGCCCUGGAUGUAAAAGAUGGGAUACUUGUGCUCCAGAAGCGGUGCUACAUGCCGCAGGAGGAGCUCUUACUGAUCUAUAUGGUGAUAAUUAUCCGUAUGACGCUGAUACUGAACAUCCUAAUACUAAAGGAGUACUGGCUACAGCACCCGGUGAACAGCAUUCGUGGUAUCUAUCACGUAUUCCUGAUCAAGUUAAACAAGAAUUGUAGUUUUUAUUUUUAUUAAAAAUCACAACGCAUUUAAUUUAA